AUGCUUGUCGCCAUAGCCACGAUGUCAUCACAAUAUGAGGAACGGAUACUUGUGGGUGUGGCCGUCACCUGCUCUCUAUUCGCAAUCAUCGCCUGCUUAAUUACUUUUCCUGAUCUAGUAAACGAAAUGAACGAUGUUCAUGCCAUGGUAAACAGUGCAGUACAAUCAUUUCGUGUCGAUACCGAUGUGGCAUGGAACAGAGUGAUGGAAGUAAAGUUUGCCGUAGCUCCACGAGUGCAAACCGCUUCUGAAGUGCUGAAGUCGAUAUUCCGAGUGAAAAGGCGUAGCGCAAUCUAUGCUGGAUUACCAGACUUUUGCAUAUGUGAACCAAUAGAGCCGAAAUGCCCACCUGGACCUCCUGGGCCACCUGGGCCGCCUGGUGAAAAAGGUGGGGAGCCUGGACCACGAGGGCCACCUGGAAAAGAUUAUGAACCACCACCCGAAUGCCCUACUCCAGAACCUCAAAAGGAAUGCAUCAAGUGCCCGCCAGGGCCUCCAGGGCCGCCUGGACCAGAUGGACCACCUGGAUGCAAAGGUCCGGCUGGAAUGCCCGGAAAAGACGGUGAACAAGGCAAACCAGGACCUGAGGGACCUCCAGGCCCAAGCGGUGACAUAGGCGAGAUUGGUGAGCGUGGACCGGAUGGGCCGCCUGGCCCGCCGGGUAAAUCAGCUCUAAAGGGAACUAAGGGCAAGCCAGGACCUCCUGGACCACCUGGUUGUGCGGGACCAGCUGGAAAGCCAGGCCCAGAUGGAAAAACGGGCCCUCCGGGAAAAACAGGGCCACCAGGUGAAAUGGGUAAACCAGGCCGCCAAGGACCUCCUGGACCUGAUGGCAAGGAUGGCGAACGCGGUGAACAGGGACCUCCAGGACCAGACGGACAUUAUUGUCCCUGCCCGCCACGUACCAUUCCUCUAUUCAGUCUUCCUCCGCAAACUCCUGAAGCUACCACCUCUGCUGCACCUGAGACUACUCCUUCCAUUCCUGAAACUAGUUCUCAUCCUUCCACGUACGAAGUAACCUCGACGGCAUCCGAAGUCUUGUCCUCCACAGCAGCCGCAGAUACUUCCUCCACGACAGCCGAACAUAUAUCCUCCACAGCAUCCGAAGCGGUUUCUACUGCAUCUGGAACUACUUCUUACGGUGCACCAGGAAGCAUUCCCCCCGCUUAUCUUGAAACUACUGCUCCCAGCAAUGCUUCUGAAUCGACAUCACCUGUUAAUCCAUAUGAGUAG